AUAUAAUAUUAUAAUUAAUUACUAUGAUAUCGGUUGUUUUUUAUCCUCUUUAUGCAAGGAUUUAAUUAAAAAUGAGAUUAUUUUGUUAUUGAAUAAAACAAACAUGUUGUUAUUUAUUUUUAAAAACAGGAAAUUAAUGGAUACCUAUUUAGUACAAAAAGGCUAAAAAUUUCCAAGCAACAUAACCUAAAUAAUUUUUUUGUUUUUUCUGUAGUGAAUUGAUUAUUAUUAUAAGUAUUUUUAAAGGUAGUUUGUAACUAAAAUAAUUUUAUCACCUUUGUUUUGUUUGUUAUAUUUUUUCAUUCGAAUUGAAAAACACUUACUGUAUAAAAUUCUUGGACUUUGAACUUUUAUACCAGAUAAGUGUUUUCUACAACCAAAAAGCUUAUAAAUAUCUGAGUACAAAGUUGAACAUUUACUGUCCAGUGUUUCCAUAAAAAGGCUCUUACAAGAUGACUUCGUUAAUUAAAGGUGUAAUGAUGGUUGGAGCCAAGCGUACCCCUUUUGGUACCUAUGGGGGUAAACUAAAAAAUAUCAGUAUUACCCAACUACAAGUUAUAUCGGCUAAAGCAGCCCUGGCCCAAGCAAAUGUUAAACCUGAAAAUGUUGAUUCUGUAUGCAUAGGAAACGUUUUAUCUGCUGCAGCAGCCGAUGGUGGUUUUAUAGCCAGACACGUAGGUCUGCAAUGUGGGGUCCCAAUCGACAGGCCAGCCUUGAUAGUUAACAGGUUAUGUGGAUCAGGGUUCCAGUCCAUUGUUAAUAGCGCACAAGAUAUUGUCACAGGCGUUGCCAAAGUGGCUCUAACCGGUGGAGUUGAUAAUAUGUCCGCGGCGCCCUUCGUGGCGAGAAACAUGCGUUUUGGGGUUCCACUAGGCACCAGCCCCACCCUGGAAGAUUCUUUGUGGUUGGGCCUCAUGGAUACUUACUGUAAAUUGCCCAUGGCUUUGACGGCGGAAAAAUUGGGCGAACAAUAUCAGAUCAAAAAAGACGAUGUCGAUGCUUUCGCUCUCAGGUCUCAGCAGAAAUGGAAAGAAGCUCAAACUGCCGGUAGAUUCAAGGACGAAAUCACCCCGGUGGAAAUCAAAACUAAAAAGGGCGUGGUAAACUUCGAAAUCGACGAACAUCCAAAACCUGAAACUACCAUCGAAAACCUAAAAAAAUUGCCCACCAUGUUCAAAAAAGACGGUCUAGUCACCGCUGGAUCUGCAUCUGGUAUUUGUGAUGGAGCAGGCGCUGUAGUUAUCGCUAGCGAAGAAGCAUGCGCACAACAAGGCUUGAAACCCAUCUGCAGAAUAGUCGCUUAUUCUGUCGUGGGAGUCGAACCUUCCAUCAUGGGUCUUGGACCAGCACCUGCGAUCAAAAACAUUUUAAAAGCUACCGGAAAAUCUUUGAACGAUAUCGAUUUGAUUGAGAUUAAUGAAGCCUUUGGAGCCCAAACUUUGGCUUGUGCCAAGGAUUUAAAUUUGGACAUGAACAAAUUAAAUGUAAAUGGGGGUGCUAUUGCUUUGGGUCAUCCACUGGCUGCUUCAGGAGCUAGAAUUAUGGGAACAUUGGCCUAUGAAUUAAAGAGAAGAGGUGGCAAAUACGGUAUUGGUUCAGCCUGUAUUGGUGGUGGACAAGGAAUUGCCAUUAUGAUUGAAGCCGUCUAAUUUUUUUAUAUUUAUAAUUGUUGAGACAUUGCAUUUUUUGAAUUAAUUUUAAUGUUUUUGAAAUAUCUUUUAUAAGACUUUAAACCUGUUUUUACUACUUUAGUUUUUGUACUAAUAUUACUUUAUACAGCCAAUAAAUACUUUUUAUAUGA